ACGAGGCGAUGCAGACGGGAAGAUUUGCAUGCAGCAUACAAGAGAAAGAGCAGCCCGCCAUGGAGGUCAAGUGGUACACGGCGGGCCUGCUGGCCGCCGUGGCCGUGUUCAGCGGCACCUCCCUGCUGGUGUUCCACCACGUGUACGCCCUGCAGCCAACGCCCUUCAUCGACGAGGCGUUCCACAUCCCGCAGUGCCAGCAGUUCUGCGCCGGAAACUACACGCAGUGGGACCCCAAGAUCACCACGCUGCCCGGCCUGUACCUGCUGUCGGUGGGCUUGCUGGGCUACCUGUCCGGCCUCGAGCCGCCCUCCUGCACCGUCUACCUCCUGCGCAUGGUCAACCUCCUCUUCUCCGUCAUCACGCUGGUCGUCAUCUACAGCAUCCUCAAGGUGCUCAACACUGAGGAGUCGCGCGAGUGGCGCCACCUGGUGACAUCGCUCACGCUGGCCUCGUUCCCUGUGCUCUACACGUUCUCGUUCCUCUACUACACGGACGUGGCGUCGACGCUGUGCGUGCUGCUCAUGUACUCGCUGCACCUGCACCGGCAGCCGGGCACGGCCGCCUGCAUCGGUGCGGUGGCCGUGCUGGUGCGGCAGACCAACGUCAUCUGGGUGGGCGUGCUGGCGGCGCUGGCCUGCUCCGACUUCAUGGUCUCCACGCUGGCCGCCUCCAAGUCGGCCGGCCGCCGCAAGACGGUGGACCCGUGCUCGCCCCGGAUCGUGCGGGACGUGCUCCAUUUCUACUCGGCCCACAUGAAGAAGGACCCGCUGAACUUCGCCGAGGCGCUGACGGACGUGCUGUACGAGGGCGUGCAGUACGUGCUGGUGUGCGUCGGGUUCGCCGCCUUCGUGGUCUGGAACGGCGGCCUGGUGGUGGGCGACCGGUCGGCGCACGAGGCGGUGCUGAACGCGCCCCAGCUGCUCUACUUCCUGGCCACGGCUGCCGGCUUCCUGGCGCCGCUAACGCUCGAGUACGCCGACGAGAUGUGGCGGUCGUUGCGCCGGCGGCCGCUGCUCUGGGCCGGCGUGGCCGCCGCGCUGGCGCUGCUCCUGCAGUCGGCCGGGCCGGCGCACCCGUAUCUCCUCGCCGACAACCGACACCUGGCCUUCUACGCGUGGCGCCGCUGGCUGGGCCACCCGAGCCGGCGGCUGGCGCUGGUGCCCGUCUCGCUGGCGGCGCUCUGCCUGAUGGCGGCCGGCGGCGCGCGCCGACCCCUGCUGCAGCGCGCCGUGCUGGCGGCCGGCGCGGUUGCGGCGCUCGUGCCGCAGCGGCUGCUGGAGUUCCGCUACUUCAUCCUGCCGUUUCUGCUGCUGCGCCUCCACCUGCGGCCGCCAGGGGCGCUGGCGUGCCUGGCCGAGUGCGCGCUGUACGCCAUGGUGAACGCCGCCACGCUGUACCUGUUCACGGUGAAGACGUUCACGUGGGAGGACCAGCCGGGCCUGCAGCGCAUCAUCUGGUGAGCCCCGGACGAGCGGCGCGUCAGGCGGCGCCGCUCUAGCCACGGCCUGCGGGGCGGAGCUCCCGCUCCCGCCGCCCCAGCCCACUCCACCGGCGGCUACCAUGUCAUACGAUGGCGACUGAGAAGAGGUGGGGUGCCUCGGGAGGCAGCAGCCUCCAGUCAGCGGGGGAGGGGGAGGGGACGACCCCGGUGUGUGCGCGCUCACCGCAGCGCGUGCCGAAGUGGAGGUGCUGCUGGUGCGGUCUGACCGUGUACGCCGGGCGCCCUCCGACGGCGGGUGCAGUGGUGCCAGCUGCAGGCAGGUGCACCACGCCGCUGGUGGGUGAAGCAGCUGUGACUGUUAUACACGCCUGGCCUCGAACGGCUGAUGAGACGGCGCAGUCUGGCCCGUACGCGCGUCUUUAGUUACAGCAUUCGGUGGCAUUUGGCACCGAAGAACCUGUGUUCGGCCAUGGGUUUUCAGUUCUAGUCACUACUUAAUGGCCACGAAGGUCUCUGUACACAAGGCCUCUGUAAACGUCGUGCGUAGUACGUCAUGCAUCAUGCAGAAUCAUUCAUCGUUCAUCCCCUGCUUUUUGCCGUGUUUGGAUGAGAUUGAAUAUUCGUAUAGCCUUAGCCCUUGCUGGAAGGCACGCCGUUGCGGAAACAUCGUUGGUGGCAAUACACUGCCGAAGUUGCUACAUGUGUCAAUGUUCCGUCCUAAAAAAUACUUAUCCUACCCUAAUUUCCCCAUAUUUUAGCCCCUAGCAUUUGUCAUUCUGUGUCGCCUGAUUACGUCAAGGUGGGAUCUAAGGGGUAGGCCAUCUCAGUCUUCCCCCCCACACCCCAACCCCACCAAGAUCGCAUAUUUGGA